AUGGUGGCGGCUCCUUCCUUUCUUCCCGGGUUUCGGCACCAGUGUCACAGUGAAGAAAGCAGGUCAAGAGAACAGAAUCUAGAGCAGACCCUCUUCUAUCCAUGGACGGUGGAGUUCAGAAGUCAAACGGCUCCAGGCCAGCAGGGUGCGGUUCAGGUCUGCAGGAGACUUACUGGCACCUCGUGGGCGCUGGUGCAAGUGAUUAUUGCGGCUGAGUGGUUGCUAGAAGUGUUGUUCCGGGACAAGAGGCCGUGUGAGUUUUCACCGGCAGAGUUUGCGAUGCUGCAGCUUUAUGUGAUGGUGCUGAUGGUGGGCGCGUUGGUGCUAGCGCUGGGCUUCUUCUGUCAUGUGUACGUCACUUACAGCUACAGCCACACGGGGCAGACGCGUCUACGUGCCAAACUGCAAGCUGCGCUGCUGAUCCUCACACUGCUGCUGAGCGUGUGCGUCUGGGUCACCUGGAUCGCUCUCCUCACGUACAGGAAUCUCCUCAUGGCCCGCAGACCGGACUGGGACGACCCUGUGAUUAGAAUAGCGCUAGUUACUAACGGCUGGGUGUUGAUGCUAGGACAUGAUCAACCCUUGAAAUCAUCUGGAAUCCCCGAGCAGAAAGAUUACAGCAUCCCACGACCUACAACAACCAACAUCAACCAGCCAUAUGAUGAAUACUAUGAACAUAAAGUUUGA